CACGAAUCACGACUCGCGGCGAGUCUAGGGUCUUAGAGAACAGUUGACCCCCGUUUCGGUUGCUUACUUUUCAUAGACCUUCAAGUCUCUCCUACUGGUCGCCUCGCAGUCACUCUGCAUCUCCUUUGGGCCUUGUGCUUUUUCAUCGACGUCCGCCUCGUUGACACUCCAGCAAACAUGCCUGCAGCUUCAGCGAAGAAGAACCAUUUCAAGAAGAUUCAGAGUUUCAAGGCCGACUACACGCUCGCUGAGUUCACCCAGUAUGAAUCUGAGCGUACCGGUAUGCGAGUGGCUGUCUGCGACCGCAAAGGACCCAAGGUCCAAGGCUACUUCGCCCUCGCAACUGAGAUUCAUGACGACUCUGGCGCGCCGCACACUCUAGAGCAUCUCUGCUUCAUGGGUUCUCGGAGUUACCCCUACAAAGGCGUUCUGGAUAGACUCGCAACUCGGUCGUACUCGAACACGAACGCUUGGACAGCCACUGAUCAUACCGCAUACACCUUGGAUUCCGCUGGCUGGGAAGGCUUUGCCCAGAUCUUGCCGGUCUACUUAGACCAUGUCAUCCUCCCAACGCUGACUGACGAGGGCUGCUAUACUGAGGUCCAUCACAUUGAUGGAGAGGGACAAGAUGCUGGCGUUGUCUAUUCGGAGAUGCAAGGCGUGCAGAAUAACCAAGGCGAACUGAUGGAUCUCCAAGCGCGUCGGCUUCUAUAUCCAGAAGGCGUCGGCUUCCGCUACGAAACCGGAGGAAUGAUGGAGCAGCUGCGAGUCCUCACUGCCCAGCGCAUUCGCGAUUUCCACCGCGAGAUGUAUCAGCCUAAGAACCUCAGACUUGUCUUGAUCGGCGAGGUCGACCACGCCCAGCUUCUUGACAUACUCGAAGACUUCGAGGAGAGCAUUCUAGAUGCGAUACCACCCCCGGAUGCGCCAUUCAGGAGACCCUGGGUUGAGCCAAAGCAGCCUCAGGCACUUAAAAAGACAAUCAUCGAUACCGUCGAGUUCCCUGAGGACGACGAAUCGAUGGGCGAGCUCAUGAUAGCGUUCUUUGGCCCCCCUGGCACUGAUAUGAUGUCCGGAGCUGCGAUGGAUGUAUUGCUUUCAUACCUGUCCGAUUCGACAGCUUCGGUUCUUGUCAACACCCUUGUUGAGAAAGAGGCCGUCGCUAGCGGCGUGUACAAUCAGGUCGACAAUCGGCCAGACACAGUCAUUUGGUUCAUUUUGAGCAGUGUGGCUACCGAGAAGCUUGAAGCGGUCGAGCAGAGAUUCUUUGAAGUUUUACAGGAAACUUCAGCGAAGCCUCUUGACAUGCCUUACUUGAAGGACUGUGUGCGGCGGUACAAGCGACGAGUGAUGUUCCACACCGAGUCUUCCAACGAGGUUUUCGCCGAUCCCAUCAUUGAGGACCACCUGUUUGGGAACCGCGACGGGUCUGAUCUCUAUACAUCGCUCGCGAACUUGAAUCUCUAUGACGAGCUUGAAAAGUGGACGGAUGAGCAAUGGCGGAUUUUCAUGGGACGUUGGCUUUCGCAUGCUCACCACGUUUCGAUUCUCGGCAAGCCGUCGGCAGAGCUCUCGAAGCAACUCAAAGCAGACGAGAAGGCUAGAGUCAAAGCGCAGCAGGAGAAGUUUGGGGAAGACGGACUGAAAGAUCUUGCUAAGAAGUUGGAACACGCAAAGGCGGAGAACGACAAGCCUAUGCCGAAAGAAGUGCUGGAACAGUUCGAGAUACCUGGCACCGACUCGAUCCACUUCUUCGAGACGAUUACCGCACGAUCCGGAUAUGACAGGAGUUUGGAUAUGCCACGCAACAAAAUACAAGAUAUCAUCAACAAGGAUGCUGGUAGCCCAAACUUUUUCAUCCACUUCGAACACAUUCCGACCAAUUUUGUGCACUUCUCCUUGGUUCUAAAUACUCAGAGUGUGCCACUGGAAAUGAAACCACUGCUCCCAGUGUUUCUGUCGAAUUUCUUUAACACUCCUGUCAUGCGUGAUGGUGAGACGGUUGCGUUUGAGAAGAUUGUCACUGAAUUGGAGCAAGACACGGUAUCUUUCCAGAUCGAAACCGGAGCGAAUAUCGGUAACUCGGAGUUGCUUCGAAUAAAGUUCGUCGUUGAACCCGAGAAGUAUCAAACUAUGAUCAAAUGGCUCGAGCUCAUGCUGCUCCACGGCCAUUUCGACCUUGAGAGACUGAGGACGACUGUGAAGAAGUUGUUAGCAGAUGUCCCAGACGAGAAGCGAAGCGGCAACGACAUGCUAUAUGCCGUCGACAACAUGAUCCACUACGAUCCCAAGUCCUCUGGCCGUGCUCAAAACACGCUUGUCAAAGCUCUCUAUCUCAAGCGCGUUCUAUACCGUCUGAAAAAAAUGCCAGACUGGGUCCUCGACCACAUGCACCAUCUCCGCAAGAAUCUCAUCACUUCUUCAAACAUGCGCGCACUCGUGGUCGCUAAUAUCGAGAACCUCCCCUACGGUCCUGCAUCAUCCUUCGACCCCUUCGUCGCCGCCAUCCAGGACGUCCCGCAUCUCAAUCCCAUCGACUCUCGCGCCGACGUCCUCAGCAUCGCCGGCCGCAACCCGGGCCAGCUCAACUUCAUCGUCCCCAUGCCCACCAUCGACUCCUCCUUCCUCCUCGCCACCACCAAAGGCCCGAACAGCUACACCCACCCGGACCUCCCCGCCCUCAUGGUCGCCACCGCCUACCUCGACACCGUCGAAGGCCCUCUCUGGACCUCCGUCCGUGGCACCGGCCUCGCGUACGGCACCGGCUUCUCGCGCGGCACCGACACGGGCCUGCUCCGCUUCCGCGUCUACCGUUCCCCGGACGCCUGGAAGGCCUACGCCACCGCCCGCGGUGUGGUCGAAGACUUCAUCUCGGGCAAGCGCGCGUUCGAGAAGCCCGUGCUCGAGGGCGCCAUCAGCUCCAUCGUCGUCGAGUUUGUCGACGAGCAGCCGACCAUGAGCAGCGCCGCGGCCGUCUCGUUCGUCAACAGUGUCAUCAAGGGCGUCGGCAAGGGGUACAGCGAGGAGAUGCUGCGGAAGGUGCGCGAGGUGGGCGAGGCGGAGAUCAAGCGCGUGUUGGAGGAGGUCGUGCUGCCGGUCUUUUUGCCCGGGAAGGCGGAUGUGGUGGUGACGGCGGCGAGCAUUAUGGAGGAGGGCCUCGAGAAGAACUUUAAGGAGGCGGGGUUCAGACCGCAGGUUAAGCCGCUGAGCUUUUUCCAGGACGAUUACGGCCUGGAGCCCCUCAAGGGCGAGCUGGAGGAGCCGGAGAGCGAGGAGGACGAGGACGAGGACGAGGACGAUUCGGAGGGUGGGGAGGAGGGGGAGGAGGGGGAGGAGACAGAGGAGGAGGGGCCAGGGGAGCUCCGUGAAUCAACGUAGGGUAGGGAGGGUUUUUACCAGU